AUGAAUAAUGAAGCGUUUUGCAGAGAAGCUGAUAAAUGUUACGCCCGUGCACUUCAGAUCCAGCAGAGUUGCGUCAGAAGACAUUCUCAGACGUCACAAAAUACUUUGGAAGCCACAAGAAAUGUGCCAACUGAACAAGACAUUUGUGCGUCGCUACUGUUGAUGUACUACGAGCUCCUCAAGCCAACCGCCAUUGGGAGCUGGAUGACACACAUGAGAGGGACUGUUGCCCUCCUGAUGCUGAGCGGACCGGAGAAGUGUCAACAAGGCUCAUACCACCUCAUGUUCAGGUCCCUGAGGCUCUUGAUGGCUCACGUCUCUAUCCGGUCUGGACUUCCAUCAUGCUUUGCUUCUUCUGAAUGGCGCAUCGUACCGUUCUCACAAUGCCAGAAGACGGGAGUAGACACUCUGUUAGACGUCAUUUACAACUUAUCGUCGAUGCUGAAGCCAUCUAACAUAGAGCAGCCGACGGAAUGGACCGCCCGCAUUCAAAUGCUCAUCGAUGCUGUUUUCCAGAGUGAAAAGCUGUGGGAUGAGAUGUCAGCGAAGCAAACUCUUGGGCAUCGCCCUCCCCUCAGCUUGGGCGAAGCCGGAGAACUUGAUGACAGGCUCUGGCUUGGAGGGGGUGACUUUUGUUCCACAACCUCGUCCACAGUGUACCAUGCCGUUUGGAUUAUGAUCUAUCAUCUCAUGCUUACCGGGGUAGAAUGCAAUCAACUUAUGAGAAAUGAGUCCAUGGCGAGAUGCUCGUCUAUCCUAGACUUUGCACAUGGUCUGUUCACUCGCAGUCUGCAGGAUCGGCUGAAUGCUGGCUCAUGUAUUCAGCUUGUUUUCCCAAUUGAGGUUGUUAGCUGCUACAGCCCAUGCGAGCAUCAAAGGGAGCAGGCCAGGACUUUUCUUGAUCGACUGGGAUGGGUACAGUUGAGUUCUGAGCUACUAGAAUAA